CAAACCCCUUUCAUUUUCUCCCUCUGCUCCUCUCCCCUGUCUUUUCCCCCUUCCCCUGGAAUCGCGCUCGCCUGCCCGCCCGCCCGCCGGCUCUCCUCUCCCCCCUUCGUUGUCAUCUCCCAUCAGCUCCUCUCCAUGAACCGGGCACAGUGACUUGUCGGCCUCUUUCUCGACUGUCGUUUCUCCCGCCCUCGCUGGCUUUCUCCCUCUCCCCCCCAUCACCGGUGGCCCCGCACCUACUUACCUCGCCCACCCCUUUCACACUCUCCGCGCACCUGAAACCAGAGCCGCCGCCGUAGCAGCAGCAGCAGCAGCAGCCGGCGACAGCAUGUCCCGAAGGAAACAGAGCAAACCCAGGCAGAUUAAACGCCCCCUUGAGGAUGCAGUUGAGGAUGAAGAGGAAGAGUAUCUGUCUGAAGAAAAUGACAUCUCAAAAGAAGAUUGUCCUCUUGAGAGAACCUUUUCUGCAGAGUUUGAACCAGGGAAUCUGAGUUGUGAAGAAGUGGAAUACUUUUGUAAUAAAGGUGAUGAAGAGGGCAGCCAAGAAGCAGCAGAUUCUGAUGGGGAUGCACGAUUGGAGAAAUCUGGGCCGCUUACACUCGAGACGGAAGAAUGGGAUGGGCCAGGAGAGCUGGAGGUGUUUCAGAGGGAUGGAGAACGGAGGAUCCAGAGUCGGCAGCAGCUUCCAGUAGGAACAACAUGGGGACCAUUUGCUGGGAAGAUGGAUCUAAAUAACAACACGUUGAAGACAAAGGCUCCAGUCCCCAUGGUGUUGACUGCUGGCCCCAAGUGGCUGCUGGAUGUGACUUGGCAAGGAGUGGAAGACAACAAAAACAAUUGCAUUGUGUACAGCAAAGGAGGUCAGCUUUGGUGUACAACCACAAAAGCCAUUGCCGAAGGGGAAGAGCUGAUCGCCUUUGUUGUUGAUUUCGACUCGAGGCUUCAAGCUGCCACUCAGAUGACUCUAACAGAGGGGAUGUAUCCUGCUCGAUUGCUGGACUCGAUACAGUUGCUCCCUCAACAAGCUGCCAUGGCCUCCAUUUUGCCAACAGCCAUUGUCAACAAGGAUAUAUUCCCCUGCAAAUCUUGUGGUAUUUGGUAUCGGAGCGAGAGAAAUCUGCAGGCUCACCUCAUGUACUACUGCAGCGGGAGGCAACGAGAAGGAGCUCAGAUAUCAGAAGAAAAUGACGAGAGUAUUCAGCAGAUAUCUAGUGUCUGUCCCUUUCCACAGUGCACCAAAAGCUUUUCGAAUGCCAGGGCCCUAGAAAUUCAUCUAAAUUCUCACAGUGGAGUAAAAAUGGAAGAGUUUCUUCCCUCUGGGGCUAGCCUGAAAUGCACAGUUUGCAGCUACACCGCGGAUUCGGUGAUCAACUUCCAUCAGCAUCUGUUCUCACAUCUCGCUCAAGCUGCCUUUAGAUGCACCCACUGCCAUUUUGGUUUCCAGACUCAGAGGGAGCUGAUGCAGCACCAAGACCUGCAUGUCCCUGGCAACAAGCUGCAGAAAGAAAGUGACACUGAACACUCUCCAGGUGGCAACGAAGAGGCUUUGCAGUCAGCUACGGAUCCCCUUAACAGAAGCGAUGGCUCCCAGGGCCAAAAGCCAAUGCACACAAAAGAUGCAAGUUCUGACACCGAGCUUGACAAGUGUGAAAAAAAGACUCCCCUUUUCCUUUCCAAUCAGAGGCCAGAAACACAAGCGGCCACCAGUAAGCAAAGCUUUUCCUACACUAAAAUUAAAUCUGAACCCUCUAGCCCACGGCUUGCCUCUUCCCCAGUCCAGCCGAAUCUUGGUCCAUCUUUCCCCAUGGGCCCUUUUCUUUCUCAAUUCGCUUUUCCCCAGGACAUCACAGUGGUUCCUCAGGCUUCUGAGAUCUUAGCCAAAAUGUCUGAGCUGGUUCAUCGACGGCUGAGGCACGGAAGUAACAGUUACCCCCCUGUCAUUUAUAGUCCGCUCAUGCCAAAAGGAGCUACCUGCUUUGAGUGCAACAUAACAUUCAACAAUUUGGACAACUACUUGGUACACAAAAAGCAUUACUGCAGCAGCCGAUGGCAACAGAUGGCCAAGUCGCCAGAUUUUGCCAGUGUCUCAGAAAAGCUGCCUGAGGCUGUAAGUCCCAACAAUGGUCAAAAUUCGAUCAACAUUUUGAACGCUGCUUCUCAUACUUCAGACCCAGAAAAUCAACUCCUUCAGGCAUCCGGUCUCAACUCCUCUUCUGUAUUAGACGUAAUUGGGCCAAAUAGUAAGGGGCAUGACAAAGACUUUUCUUCACAGGUGAAGAAGCUGUCAAACGCUGCCAACAAUGAUGAUAAACUUAAUGGGAAACCUUUGGAUGGCAAGAAUGCAACGACUGCUCCGUUAAUAGAAGCAGAAAGUGAUCCCAACAAAACCACAUGUGAAGCUUGCAAUAUUACGUUCAGCAGGCAUGAAACAUAUAUGGUCCACAAGCAGUAUUAUUGUGCUACACGCCAUGAUCCUCCACUUAAGAGAUCUGCUUCCAGCAAAAUGCCUGCCAUGCAGAGGACGAUGCGCACACGCAAGCGAAGGAAGAUGUACGAGAUGUGCCUGCCAGAGCAAGAGCAGAGGCCUCAGCUCGUCCAACAGCGAUUUCUUGACGUGGCUAAUCUUUCUAACCCGUGUACAUCUUCGCAAGAGCCAACUGAUAAUCUUGGAGAGUGCUUCCAUCCACGCUGCGACAUCUUUCCAGGAAUGGUCUCAAAACAUUUAGAAACAUCAUUAUCCAUUAACAAAUGUGUCCCAGCCUCGAAAUGUGACACGCCGCAUGCAACAGUUUCCUGUUUGGAGAUGGAUGUACCUAUAGAUCUCAGCAAAAAAUGUCUGCCCCAGUCUGAUAGGACCUCCACUUCCCCCAAAAGGCUGCUGGAUUACCAUGAAUGCACAGUCUGCAAGAUCAGUUUUAAUAAGGUAGAGAAUUACCUUGCUCAUAAGCAGAAUUUUUGCCCUGUCACUGUGCAUCAGCGUAACGAAAUGGCACAGCUGGAUGGCAAGGUAUUUCAAAACCCAGAAAGUGAACGCAACAGCCCUGAGGUCAGCUAUGAACGGAGCAUAAUCAAAUGCGAGAAAAACGGAAACUCAAAACAGUCGUCUCCCAACGGGAAUUUGUUUUCCACACAUUUAGCAACUCUUCAAGGACUUAAAGUCUUUAGUGAGGCUGCCCAGCUCAUUGCUACAAAAGAAGAAAACAAACACUUGUUUCUUCAACAAUGCCUUUAUCCAGGAGCAAUAAAGAAAGCUAAAGGAGCAGAUCAGCUUUCUCCCUAUUACGGAAUAAAGCCAAGCGAUUAUAUUUCUAGUUCCCUUGUUGUUCAUAAUAAUGAUGCAGAUCAAAGUACAAAUGCAGAAAGUGAAUCUCUGAAGAGCCAGACCCCCUCAAAUGGGUGCCCCAUACAGAAGAAGGAGUCUCUGCCACUAUUGCCAAAAAAUAGAGGCAUGGUCAUAGUUAAUGGUGGACUAAAACAGGAAGAACGGCCCACAGCCAAUCCACAGCAAGAGAACAUUUCCCAGAAUCCUCAGCAGCAUGAAGAUGGACACAAAUCUCCAUCAUGGGCAUCUGAUAAUGCUUUAGCUGCCAAUGAAAAUGUCUCUCCAACGAUUCCUGCAGCAGAAGAACAAUUAUCUAGUAUAGCUAAAGGUGUGAAUGGUUCCACACAGGCUCCGACCAGUGGGAAGUAUUGCCGUCUAUGUGACAUCCAGUUCAACAACCUAUCAAACUUUAUAACUCAUAAGAAGUUUUAUUGCUCCUCACAUGCAGCAGAACAUGUGAAAUGAAAUUCUUGGUCUAUCUUUGGUACCUACCUGUGUUUAGUAUAUUAUUCCAUACAACUGAAAGAGAGAGUUGUUUGUAUUACUUCUGGACAAUCAGGCGUUUAUUCAUUAUUGCUGAGUUGAAGACUUUAAAAGUGUACUUCCAUUACAGUCCAUUAGUAAAGUGUAUUCUUGGUGCCAUUUUCAAUGCAAUUAAUUUAUUUUACCAGCAGUAUUCAUAGCUGUAGUUAUUUUUUAUUUAAAAAAAACUUUAUAUUAAAGUCAUUUGUAAUGUUAUUGUAUAGUUAUUGUGUAGCACAUAUGGUUUGCACUGUAUAGUAGAUUUUAAAGAAAAUAGUCACAAACUAUACGGAAAAGCAUUUUAGGAAUAGCUUCAAAAGCACCUGUGUAUCCUGAUUUUUUUCUUAUAUGCUAUUGCAGAUGUAGAUGCUAAAAUAUAACUUGCAAAAAGUUUCAACUAUGCUGUAAAAUUCGCCUUAAAAAUUCAAUAUUUUUUGAAGAAUUUGGCUCAGUUUGCACUUUAUAUUUUAGCAGAUACAGUACUUUAGUCACUAGAGGCUUUGCAUUUGUAUGUAGCAGUAUGUUUCUGUCCAUUUUCUUAACCUGAAACGUCCGUUAAAACGAAGAUGGCAAUUUUUUUCCUUGUAUAGUACUUGUAUUUUCUUUCGCUGAUGCAUCUCUGUCGCGAUUUUUAAACCUUUGCUGUUAAGAUGCAAUACUUUAUAAAGAAUGAACAAAAAUUACUGGAAGCAGUAUUGUAAGUAAUGAGACCCUAUCUAUCAGUUUUAUCUUUUGAAAGGCACAGACAAAAUGAAAUCCUUAACUCAAUGCUGCAAGUAUGAAUCUAAUUCAUUUAUAAGAGAUAUUUAAAUAUAAGAGUAGCAAUACUGCAACUGGUGAUCACAGAGAUAAUGUUCUACUUCUGAUAGAAAUAAUUUCUCAACAAAUGUUGUUACUAUGCAUGUAUAUGGAUGGAAUAAAAUUCCAGAUCAUCGGC